AUGGAAAUUGCUCGUUUAUCCGAAUUGAGUUUACAAUCAGUUGUUGAUUAUAUUUGUAAUGGUAUAUACGACAAUGUAGACUACAAACUAAGUCCCAAUUUGAGUAACCAAAUAUAUCAUUCGGUUAUAAACAAAGCGAAAGAAGCUCCGAACAAAAAUAUCAUUAAGCAAAUUAAAAACAAGCUGCAAUUAACUAAAAUUAAUCAUAUGUAUCAUAAAUUGAAUAGGAAUACGAUGGAAAUGUUUAGAAGCCACAUAUUGGAUCAUUUAAUGAUAGGAUUCCUAGAUUUUGAUGAUUUCGGAAGGAAGUAUAAAGAUGAAAAUGAUCUUGUCGACAUUGUAUCUGUUUUGGAAGACUCCAUGACCUAUUAUUGCAGGAGGAAUCUAAAAUUAUUAACAAUCAGAGUGCAAUUAAAUUAUCAGAGUGGCUGGGCGGAAGUGGUUGGUGAGAUGUUACCAAAUCUGGAAACUCUCAAUAUCACUGGAAUUAAACUCACAGGACAAGAACUCCCGAAUCUUUGCAAAUCGUUUCCCAAGCUAAAGACAUUGGAUAUCAGUUUCUGUGCCGUCACGAAUCUUAAUGGAAUUUCAAAUCUGAAAAAUCUGGAAGUUUUGAUUAUCAGAGGUUUGAAUUUAGCGACUCCAGAAGACAUGGAUGACUUGUUUGAAUGUAAGAAGUUGAGAAUGCUGGAUUUUGCAAAAUCCAAUCGGAACGAAGGAGCAAGUGUCAUGUGGAACUACAUGAAGUGCGGAAAAGUUUUGGAAGAAUUGGAGUUCUUGGAUUGCAAUGGGACUGAUAUUGAUAAGUCAAUGGUGGAGGUGUUGAUGAGUACUCAUAAGAAAUUGAGAACCAUUGUGACAUUGGACAGUAUCCUCGACUUCUCCACUAUCCCCGGAAUAGAACUUCUCAACAGUUCGACUCCUCAACUCAUGAUAAAAUCUCUUCAUUACUACAUCGCAGUCAACAGAAAUCCAUUCAUCAGCUGGAUGUUGAGUUUGUUUCGUAAAACAUAUUUAGUACAAUGGACUGAGGAUGGAGACCAGCAAGUUCUCAGAGAUUUUGUGAGAGUCAUUUGUUCUGCGAUGAAAAAUUUCUGUUGGGAUCCGUGUGUUUUCUAUGAAGGUGUCAAAUGUCUAUUGGAGAUCACAAAGGAAGGAAAUAUAAAAGGGUUGGGUCCUAUGGAGAUCUCAAUGUUGAUUGAUCAAUUAAUUGAGUCUGGCACUAAAUCAAGAACGUUGACCUAUGAUGUCGAGAAAUUGAAUGCCGCAUAUUCCUGCAGUUGGAAUCUGUUUCAUCAGCCACAAAUUCUCUAUUCGCCACUGCUGAAAAUCCAAAAGUUGUGUUGGUAUACUGUAGAUUUCCUUGCUUCAGAAUUCGCUCCUAGUAUCCCAACGAAACAACUGAAUAUUUUGUGGCAUAUGCUCGCUAGAUUUGAUACGGAAGAUGCAAAGAAACUGUGUCAGCGAACGGAUCUACUGGAUUCAUUAUUAGAUUUCCUUCGUAUAUGUAACACGGAAUCGCAAGUUUUCAUGGAGGAACAUCGGGAAAGUAUCAAUAUUGUACUGGAAGUGAUUUAUAGUAUGACAAAAGUCAAUGAUGAGACUGCACACCAUUUUAUCAAUAAGAAAGUGCAAAAGAUUCAUGCAAUCCCAUUGAUGAUACAGUUAAGUGAUAUUAAAUGGAAUAGAUGGCCUGAGCAAAUCAAAGUUUUUGAAAUUUUGGUAAAUCUGACAAGAGUGGAGAAGUUUAUGAAGCGGUGGGGAAGGUAUCUUCGAAUGAAUUCUAAGUUUUUGAGAAACCAACUGAAAGGAUACUAUAAAUACUUGUACACUUCCAUUGGAACCUACUUGGCUACUGAUAAAGCGUACUGCUCCAUGACGAUCCUAUCAUGUCUCAUGUGCCUUCCAAAUAAAAACAAGAAGAAAUAUUACAAGUGGAAAAUUGAAAAUACUGAAAUGGUGAAAGCUUGUCAGAAGAUUCAAACAGCUCACAUUUCCAUGGACCUCGAGUUUUAUUUGUCUUGCUCAAUUCUACAUGACACAUUGAAGAAAUCAAAGUAUGACGGACCAGUGAUGUGGGCGCUAUUGACAAUGAAGGCAAUGUUGGAACGAGAUAUAGAUUUAGUGGAAAUAUUUAAGGAUUCUGGAUUAUUAUCUGUCGUUCAAAGAGUUCGAAGUGAAGAAAAAGGUGUGAUGAAGUUGAAAUUAGAGGUUUUGAGACUGUUGUAUUGA